CUCUGCUCUGCUCAGCUCUGCGCGGCAGCGGGAGUUUGUAGAACCACGAAGAUGGGCGUUGCGCGAGAAUUUAGCUGGGUGGCGGCGGGCUUAUUCCUCGGAGCGGGCGCUUGCUAUUACGCUUACAGACUCACACGGUGCCCGCCACGAAGCGCCCGCAAGUUUCGGCGCCGCUCCUCGCUGAAGGCAGAAGAGUUAACCAGUGAUUCCUACAAUGCCAUCUUAAAUGCUGAGGAACUACACAAAGUCCUUGACCUGAUUGAUUCAGCCGAGGAUCCUGGAAUUAUUGAAAGAGCUCUGGUCACAAUAGGUAACAACUCAGCCUUUUCAACUAACCAGGUCAUUAUUCGUGAGUUGGAUGGUAUUACAGUCAUUGGAAGCAAAAUCAGCCAUCUUAAUCGCAGUAUCAAAGAGAAAGCUUUAAAUGCCCUGAAUAAUCUAAGUCUGAAUGUUGAGAAUCAAGCCGAGAUAAAAGCAUUCAUUACUGAAGUGUGUGAAGUUAUCUUCUCUGAACCUCUGAACUCUGCUGUGCAGCUGGCCGGACUGAGAUUGCUCACAAACUUGACAGUUACCAAUGACUACCAGCAUUUGCUCUGCAGCCACAUUACAGACCUGUUCCGAGUGCUGCUCAUGGGAAACGAAAGCACCAAGGUUCAAGUUUUGAAAGUGCUUGUGAAUUUGUCUGAAAAUCCAGCCAUGUCAGAAGAACUACUUGGUGCCCAAGUGGAUUCAGCUUUCCUUUCCCUUUAUGAUAGUCAAGGAGCAAAGGAGAUUCUUCUUCGAGUUCUCACACUAUUUCAUAAUAUAAAUAACUGCCUCAAAAAAGAAGACCGUCUAGCUCUUCGGCCUCAUUUCACUAAAGGUUCAUUGUUUUUCCUGUUAUAUGGAGAAGAAUAUGCCCCAAUGAGAGCUUUAUGUAACCACCACAGUGUGGACAAGAGAAAGGUAACAGUAAUACCAAAAUACUAUUUGGCUGGCGUAAUGUCUUUAAAAGAUAAGACAAUCUGAAGUAAUUCACAUUUUUCACCUUUCUUGUAAGUGGAUUCCAUUAGCUUCCAAAUUUAGUAAACAUGAAUUUCCUUGUUAAUACAACCAUAACUUAUCACAUUUUUAAAAUUCUCUUCAAAUCACUGAAAACAUUAAACU